AUUUGCGAUAAACUCAAGUUGAGGGACCAAUUUGAGAAACGGACCGCACUUAGGGGAGCUAAUUGCAUUUUACGGAAUGACAAUGGGGUCAUUGCUACAAAAUAACGGGUAACUUUUUCUCUCUCUAGAAAACAAAAUCUCCAAAGCAAAACUUCCUGAAAAUAUUCAAGAGAGUGUCUACCUCUACUCCUCUGUCUCUGCUGCUCUUGCAUGGACCUGUGGAGUCUCUCGGAAAAGAGGAUGACGAUGGCCAGAGAAUCAAGAAAAAAGAAGAAGAGAAAAGAUGAAGAUGAAGAUGGUCUCGGUCGACUGCCUCGUUCCUCUCUCCAUAUUCCCAGAAAUCCUUCAGAUAUAGGAAGAGUACUGCAGUUUAUUGUCCGAAAGCAAGCAAGAAAGAGUCUGCAGAUAUUCGGGUCGGAAAAAAACUUGAAGCAAUUCUCCUUGUGUUACAAAGAUAAGAAGAAACUCUCUAUGAGCAGAAUGCUGAGGAUGUCUUGGUGAAUAUGGAGCAAGAACCAUCGGACUUCCUCCAGGAUGCCCUUCUUCCCAUCAUGAAGGGUCUCAUAGCUGAAGCUCUGUUCAAACAUUGUAACGAGGAUGUGAGAGUUACGGUGGCAUCUUGCCUCAGUGAGAUUCUGAGGAUAGCAUCACCGGUACAGCCAUAUAAUGACGAUCAGAUGAAGGAAAUUUUUCAACUGAUCGCGGAGGCUUUUUCGAAGCUAUCAGAACCGUCGACACGGUGUUAUGAAAAGGCCCUUUCUAUACUUGAAACCAUUGCAAGGGUCAAGGCAUGUCUGCUGAUGCUUGACCUUGAAUGCGAGGCACAAAUUCUUCAUAUGUGCCAACAUUUCUGGGUAUUUACUAGAUCCAAUCCAUCUGCUGAUGAAUCCUGGGCUGUGGAACAAAUCAUGGCUGACAUCCUCGCUGAAAGUGAAGAUAUCAGCCCAGAUCUUCUGAAUCAUCUCCUAGCUAGUGUCCUUAAGGAGAAUGAGAAAGCGGCACCUUCCGGUUGGAAAUUGGGAGAGAAACUAAUCUUGGAUUUUGCAGCAAAGCUGAGACCUAGUGGUUCUCCUGAACAUGGCAUUGCUGAUCUCCCACAUUCCAAGAGUUCAGUACUACCCAGGAAAAGGGAACCGAAAGCCAAUUCAUUAAUGAGACCCGAGGAAGGUUAUAAUCUUUCUUGGCUGUACAGAGAGGGUCAAACUACUAAAGAAACCCACAAAAGAAGGAUCUCCUUAAGCAGAAGUGAUCUUUCGGCUAUGCCUAUGGCUUCUACAAUGAAGAGAAGAACUAUAUUGAGGUCAAACAUGAAGAGGGGUGAGGCAGCUCUGCUUCCCAAUGAUCUUAGAGAUGAAAGAAUGAAGUUGCCAACCAAAGGAGGAAACGACGCUAGUAAAGGCACCUCAAAGGAGUCUUCAGUGAUUGCCGAUGGAUUAAUUGGUCGGAGAGUAAAGGUCUGGUGGCCAUUGGAUGAGAUGUUCUAUGAUGGCCGAAUUCAAUCUUAUGACCCUAUAAUGAAAAAGCACAAGGUUUUGUACGAUGACGGGGACCAAGAAAUCUUAAACCUUGAGAAGGAAUGUUGGGAGAUCAUUGAGGAUGAUUUGCCAGAUGAGCAUCGACAGGUGGCUGUUAAUCCCAAACCCAUUACUUCACCUGUCUUACUGAGAAAUUCAAAUGGGAAUGAAAAAAGUCUUCUCUCAACGGAGAAAUUGAACUCCAAAGAUGAUGUUAAAAGGGCUGGAGCAACCACUGAAGCAACCACUGGAUUGCUAGAAGUUGAAGACGCUCCAAGUUUGGGCAACCAAUAUGUAGGUGGAGACGUGUCCAGUGAUGAUGAAAGCACUAAGGAUAAUGUCUUUGAGUUCAGGGCACGAUCAAAGGAUGUCCAGCUAGAAAAUUCUAGUAUGAGCACAUCCAAUGAUUCAACUCCUGAAGCUAGCCUGCGAAGAGCAAUCAGAGUAGGAUCAAAGGAUUUGCAACUUGAUGAUGAAAGUACUGAGGAUAAUGUUUUCGAGUUUAGGGCACGAUCAAAGGACGUCCAACUAGAAAAUGCUAGUAUGAGCACGUCCGAUGAUUCAACUCCAGAAGCUAGCCCGCCAAGACCACUCAGGGUUGGAAUAAAGAAUUUGCAACUCGAAAAUCCCAGUACAGGCACAUCCAGUGAUUCGACUCCAGAAGCCAGCCCGCUUAAAUAUAUCGGGGCAAAAUCAAAGGAUGUUCAACUAAAAAACACAUCCAAUGGUUCAACUCCAGAAGCUGGCCCUCCUAGAUGUAUCAGGGCGAAAUCAAAGGAUGUCCAACUACAAAGCACAUCCGAUGAUUCAACUCCAGAAGGUAGCCCACCCAGACCUUGGGGACUGUGGCGGAGUCGGCGGCCCUAAUAUGGAACUCAAGGGUGCAGAGCAUGGGAACAGCUGUAGUUUUGGUGAAAUCAUAGGAGUAAUAAAUCUUAAAAGGGUAUCAAGAUGCAAGAGCUUACAAUUUAGCUCCCUGUACAAAGAUACAGAAGUUGAAGAAGUUCCGGAUGUCCAGCAGCUUUUAGUUAUCAGCCCUUGUAUGUAUAUAGAUUCUUUUCUUGCUUUUGUAAAUGUGAGUUGAUUAUAGUUCUUAGCAACAAAAUAGAAACGCAAGAAUGUAACGAGCUAUGGCUCAUAUUAAAUUU